AUGUUGCAGCCAAUUCUUCACAAGUUACACAAUCAAAGAAUAGUGCUGGCUAGUGGUUCCCCAAGGAGACAGGAAAUACUCCGAAAUAUUGGUUUGAAAUUUGAAGUAAUUACUUCUAAAUUUGAAGAAAAUUUUGACAAGUCAUUGUUUUCAUCUCCAGUGGAUUAUGUAAAUGAAACAGCAAAAGAAAAGACGCUGGAAGUAGCAAAUCGACUACAGGGACCAGGAUGUCCAGAUAUUAUCAUAGGAGCAGACACUGUUGUUUCAUUGGGUGAAAAAAUACUUGAGAAACCCCAAGAUAAAAAUGAUGCUUUCACAAUGUUAUCAUCUCUUAGCGGUAAAAGUCAUACUGUAUAUACGGGAAUGGUUAUACUUACAAAGACAGACAAACAGUCAAAGCACCCAUUUGACAUUCUUCAGUUCCAUGAAGCCACUGAUGUUGUAUUCGGUGAAUUAACACCAGAGAUAAUCCAUGGCUAUAUAGAGACUGGAGAACCUAUGGACAAAGCUGGAGGUUAUGGAAUCCAGGCACUCGGUGGAACGCUAGUACAAGAAAUACGAGGAGACUACUACAAUGUCGUCGGAUUCCCUUUACACCAUUUUUGUAAACAAUUUCUUAAAUUGUAUGCGAAAUAAAAUAUGUUUUUAAAAGUGAA